ACGAAACCGCCAUCAGCGACCAUCUUUGAUCUCAACCUAGCUGCCGCUACCAAUCCUUGCCAAUAGCUACGUCCCAUCUUGCAACCUGUAGCGACCAUCAUCUUGCUACCAAUAGCGACAAUCAUCUUGCUUCCAAUCUAGCUACUACUAUCAGUUUCUGAUACCUAACCAUCCGUCUUUGACCUUCAGCAAGUUGCUAAUCGCCACCCAACCCCAGUGUAUAGACUCGGAUAUCCCACAGCUCCAAUGACCGACGUCCACCCCGCGUUCGAUCUCCCGGAGACCACGUCCGUCGGAUCUAGUUCCGACGAGAACCUGCCGUGCAAAAAGUGUGCGCUUCCCAUCUCCGAAGGCCACGCGUACGAUAUCGGCGGCGACCGCUGGCACAUUGAGUGCUUCACGUGCUCCAAGUGCCUGAAGCUCCUUGGCUGCCAGUCAGACUUUCUUGUCUUGGGCACCGGUGAUCUCGUGUGCUCGUCCUGCUCGUACUCGUGCCAUUCGUGUGGCAAGAAGAUCGACGACCUCGCCAUCCUCACGGGCAACCAGGCCUACUGCCUGUCGUGCUUCAAGUGCCGGUCGUGUAAGAAGCGUAUCGAAGACUUACGCUACGCGCGUACGUCCAAGGGCUUGUUCUGUAUGGCGUGCCAUGAGAAGCUCAUCGCGCGGAAGAAGAAGUACGACUCGCGGAAGGAGAUCAUGGAACACGCGAAUGCGCAGAACCGGUUGAAGCAGCAGGAGCGCGAGCGGCCACGGCGCCGCCCGCCAAGCGAUGAGACAGAAUCCUCCGCACGCGAAAGCCUGGCGCCACACGAUGGUCCCAUAACUCCGCGUGACAGCCCUUUGAGUCGGAGUGAUUCCCUCCCAACGCAGCGCGAUGUGCUCCUCAGCGAAAGCCUCACCAGCCUGCGCGAUGGGCAGCACCAGUUCAGCGGGUCGCACUCCGUGGUCGUGAGCCUGCACGAAUCCGUCGAGGACACCUCUCACAGCCCCGCCAUGGGACCUGUUGCUAGUUCCUCUCCGGAGGUUUCCGCUCCCGCCUCAACCGAGAUUUCCGCGGCCCCCGUCAGCUCGGAGGCCUCGGAGACCUCGCUCGACCUCCCAAAACGCUCGCCUAACCGCAAGUUUGUGGCUCUUGUGGCGCCCGUGGUGGCGCCUCUCGCGGCAAAACCCACCUUUUUGGCCCCGCCCGUGGAGAUCGCCACCACACCCGUUGCAAGCUCGCACAGUGAUGACUCUGCAUCGCCCGUGACGCCUGGGGAGCCGUUCUUCCUCCUGCCCGCGCCUAAGGGUGCGCGUGCGACGCCACAGCCGGUGCUCUCGCCCAACCGUCCGCCGCCAUCGCCCAUGGCGCACAUUAACCGCCGCGCGCACAUCAUAUCCAACGACGACGCCAUAACGCUCGACUACAAGGGCGACCACGAGGCGUCCAGCUUGUACAAUUUUGUGGCGAACUACUCGCCCCAGGACGAGCCACGUCCGAUCUCUGGGCUCGGUCUCUCGCACUUUGGCGAGUCGCCGGUGCAGAUUGUGGGCAAGGAGGACUACGAGAGCAUUUUUCCGGCGCCGGUGCACGCGAGACAAAUAAGUAUUACGGACACGCUUUCGGACGAGGAGAAGCCAUAUCGGUUUGGGGGCGCUAAUGGCCUGGGUGCCGGUCCGGCCCCUAGUCUGGCUCCCGCCGCUAUCGUUGCCGCGGGACCUGUUGCUAGCCCCGCACAUCGCAAAAAAUCUUCGCUUUCCUCGCUCUCCUCUCUCACGGACGAGCCGCUUGGUCGUAAGCUCUCUCGCACGAUUCUCUCGCCGCCGCGUAAUCUCUUCCGCCUGGCGUCUGCGCACCGGCGUACUGGCAGUGCGACGGGGUCGUUCGCACCGCUUCUCCCAGAGAUGCGUGACGAGCCACGCGCGACGAUUGACCUUGCGCGUGCCACGCCCGUCUCGCCCAGCUUCUCGUCCAACCGUACUCCUCCCGUGCAAAAUUCCCCGUCGCACGGCCGGUCCACCUCCGACUCGGUCGGGGCACUCGGCGAGCACGUGCGUGCGGAACUCGAGCUCCGCGCAAUGAAGUCUGAUAACUUCAACCUCAUGACGCAACGUUCAAGCCUUCGCGACGAGAUCACGCGGCUUGUCUCUGACAAAGAGGUGCUCCUUACCGAAGUCUGCGAGCUUAGGCUGGAGAGUGAGGGCCUCCAGAUUAUGGUGAGUGAGCUUAACCUCCAAGUGGAGAUUCUCCGCGAGGUGUCGGAGGCGAAACGCCGCGAAUUGGAGGACAUUUCCAAGCAGACGUUGCGGCCGAAGCCGAAGAGCGCUAAAGUAUCGCCAGUACUCGAGGCGGCCAAGUUUGGGGCGUCGGUGAAGAAGUCGCUCAGCCACGACGGCGAGCUUGAGCCGGUCGCGGAACAUGACGCGGUCGUGGAUGCGGCGGAAGUGGUGCCACGUGCGAAGGCGCGUUUCUGGCGUAAACCGCGGCUAGGCGGUGACGACGUGGGUGACUCGCCUAGUCCUAGUGACGGACGUAAGGGCUUCUCGCUCCUCGCAAAGUCUAAGUCCUACAACGUGCUUGACCAGCACCUUGCACCCGAGAUCCCGCUCUUUGGAGGCAUCAUUGCAGAGCGCGCGGCCUUCGAGCGUCGUGCCCUUCCCUUCAUUGUGACCAAGUGCACCGAAGUUGUUGAGCAAUUUGGGCUCGACCACGUGGGCAUCUACCGUGUGAGCGGUGGCUCGUCCCAGGUGGAUAAGCUCGAGAAGUAUUUCCUGGAGAUGCCUGCGGGCGGCGACGCGCGGCGGAUGCUUGUGCUUGAGCACGCGUUGACGGCUGAGGACAUUAACGCGGUGCCGUCGGUGUUGAAGCGGUACCUUCGCAAGUUGCGCGAUCCGCUCAUGACGUUUGCGUUUUACGACCGGUUUAUCGCGCUCGGGAAGGGUCUUCCGGCCGGGGUAAACCUCCUGUCGUGUGACUCUAGCCCGGAUAUCCACCUGAAGAAGGUGCGCGAGUGUCGCGAGAUUGUGGGGAAAUUGCCAGAAACAAACCGGGUUUGCUUGGAGGUGUUGACCCGGCACUUGCACGUGGUGGCUGCGCGCGCGGAUGAAAACAAAAUGCACAUGAAGAACUUGAGCAUGGUGUUUGCGCCGACAUUGACGUGGGACCGGACGGGCGAGCGGGAGAUGGAGGAUAUGGGGUGGCGGAAUGAGAGUACAGAGUUUAUGAUAAAGAACUACAAGGAUAUCUUUGCGAAAGAAGUGUCCAGCUAGAUCCGAAGCUAUCCCCGAGCGAAAUGAGUGGUCAUAGCGUAACUGAUUACCUUGCUUUUUCUGGCACGGCGUGCUCUCAAAUUUCUUUCCCUUUUGUAUUAUUUUUUCUUACUUGGCUACUCUUGGUAUAAGCAAUAAGAUUGAGAUUCACUGGCAUUCAUAAGAAUUUAUAGUCGGAUGAAAGCACGGGGUAUAUGAGUGUUGGACGUAUUCCGGUAGUACCAACUUAGGUCUUUGGGAGGUCA